CCGCAAACAAAACAUUCGCCCCCACUUUGGUUUGUUCGUCACUAUCUGCUCUCGUAUUCCUUUCGGCAUGUCUAUUUUUUUUUUUUUCGUUAUCGCUAUCGUCCCUUUCAGUGUCCCUAUCUAUACCAUCCCGUUUCCCCGUCGGUGUUGCGCAUUCUUUUAUCGUAUUUCGGUAGUUUCGUGUAGGUCUCAUGUAUACCCCCGUCUCGUAUUUUGUUUGGUCUCGUUAUGUAUUUUUGCUUUUGCUCUUUUGAUGGGCGAGGGAAAACAAAUGGGCAUCUGUGUUUGAAAUCGUAUCAAUUGAAUGAUUAUGG